GUUUAAACUCAAUUCCUUAGCACUUUGGUUGCAUUGCUAAAAUGGCCACCGAGAAGGGUACUUUCGCUGUGAAGGUGGGCUUGGCCCAGAUGCUUAAGGGCGGCGUUAUUAUGGACGUGACUACGCCGGAGGAGGCGCGCAUUGCAGAGGAGGCCGGAGCCGUUGCUGUCAUGGCUCUUGAGCGCGUGCCAGCCGAUAUUCGUCGCGAUGGCGGUGUUGCACGUAUGAGCGAUCCAACUAUGAUUAAGGCAAUUAAGGCGGCGGUCACCAUCCCAGUGAUGGCCAAAGCACGCAUCGGGCACUUCGUUGAGGCCCAGAUUCUAGAGGCUCUUGGGGUUGACUACGUUGAUGAGUCAGAGGUUCUGACGCCUGCUGACGAGAUCCACCACACCAACAAGCACAACUUCAAGGUUCCGUUCGUGUGCGGCUGCCGUGAUCUAGGCGAGGCUCUGCGCCGUAUCGCUGAGGGUGCUGCCAUGAUCCGCACCAAGGGUGAGGCCGGCACGGGCAACGUUGUGGAGGCUGUUCGCCACUGCCGCGCCGUCAUGGGGGCCAUCCGCCAGCUGCAGACCAUGGAUGACGACGAGCUGUACGUGUACGCCAAGGAGAUCCGCGCGCCCGUGGAGCUGGUACGGCAGACCAAGCACCUGGGUCGCCUGCCCGUCGUCAACUUCGCGGCUGGCGGUGUGGCCACCCCCGCUGACGCCGCGCUCAUGAUGCAGCUCGGCAUGGACGGCGUGUUUGUGGGCUCCGGCAUCUUCAAGUCCGGGGACCCCGCCGCUCGUGCGCGCGCCAUCGUGCAGGCCGUCACGCACUACAACAACCCCGCUGUGCUUGCCGAGGUGUCGUCCAACCUCGGGGAGGCCAUGGUGGGCAUCGACAUCCGGGAGAAGGGCUUCAACUCGUACGCGCAGCGCUCCGAGUAAGCGCUCCCGAGUAGCGAGGUGCCGAGUGGGGUAGGAGGACCUCUUGGUUGCCGUGUGUGGGAGGGCGGUGCAUAUGAGCAGGGCGCCCGUGAGGGUGUCAGUGGUUGACAGUGGUGCCGGUGGAAUAGUGUUGGCAGGAGUGCAUUGGGGUCAAAUAGGUCACGUACGUCGGGGCGGGCCUGUGUGUUUUUGGCUCACUGCCUUGCUGACGUUUCUUCCUUUGGGAGGACUUAGGGAAGGAAUAUUGAAUGUGUGUCUGGGGACCAUGCAACUGUCGUGACGGUGGGUUAUGACUUGCGGAACUUUUCACCUGCAGUGAUUUUGCUGAAUUGACGGUGCCGGCCGGACAAAUGUACAUAUACGUCGUGCCGUUACGCAAAAUAUGCAGACGUGCUCCGUUUUUAUGGUUAGCCGCGUGUGGUGUGAGAGGGGAUGCUAGCAUUGUUUUUAACGAGUGGCUGUGACACGCCGUACACCUUGAGCUGCCCGGGCGCUGCCGUUAUCGUCAUCUGCAUCGUACGGCAGCACUUUGCUGUACGGCAUGCGAGAUCCCUGGCAAGCUUUGUUUCGCGGUUGUGAGGCUAUCUUUGCGUGUGAGCGUAUUAGGUUUGCUGGUGAGGGUGGAUGCGGCCUAUGAAGAAGGGCCUGGCGGGUUGAACGAGCGUUUGUUAGGCUGUUUGCGCAAAGGGAGGAGGAUACCCUCAUGGACGGGGAUCUUAUCAUCCUGAACUGCACCUGGGGCUUUUGUCCAGCGGAUAUUCCGCUGAGGCUGUAAUUGGCUCUUUCUCC